GUUUGUCCGCCGUGGGUGUUCUUUCACAUCGGGGAAAUGUUUUCUGGGAAGAGCACGUAGCGCUGCUUCUGCCUGGAUUCCCCCGUUCCAAUCCUCCCUGCUUUUCAGGGAGGUUUCGGGGAGCAGGCGAAGGUUUCUUGGGAGCUGCGAUUUGGACAAGUGGGCGACGUGGGUGGAUUCGUGCGUGGACAGUGGCGCAAGAAUUAAUCGGGCGUCGCGUUGUGCAAGCGAGAUUAUGCGCCGUCUCUCUUCCAGAACUGGUCCGAGCAAGGGAGGGAUCUGUCUUUGGACGCCUGGCAGUGGGGGAGGGAGGUUUGAAGGAUGGUGGUGGUCGCAGGCUAAGAAGCAACAAAGUCCUUGAAACUCUAAACCUGGAAAGGAAGGCAGAGAUGUGGCUGCGAGGGUGCGCGCCUCUGCUCUUCGCGGUGACUCACCUGGCCCACCCAGAGCACCUGAGAGCUGAACCCGAGAGGGCCGCCAGCCGGACCGCCAGGAAGCGGGCGAGACUUGCAAACGCUCUGGAACAACUGCUGACAGAACUUGAAGAUUUUCUGAAGAUUCUAGAUAAAGAGAACCUCAGCAGCACAGCUGUAGUCAAAAAAAGUUUUCUGGCUGACCUUCUUCGGCUGUGCACAAAAUCAAGCGGUGGUGAUGAAGAAUACAUUUAUAUGAACAGAGUAACCAUUAAUAAACUACAUGGGGAACCAGAAAAAGCCAACAAAGGUUACCAAGAUUCCUUGACUAAUGGAGAAAUGGAGCAGUAUUUGUAUCCUCCACAGAAAAGUUUGCCAGAUCUUCCACAUUCAAAAAUAAUUCCAGAAUCAAAACUACAUUCGGGCCUCAAAAACGAAUCUCCAGAAGGGUACUAUGAAGAAGCUGAGCCUUACAGUGUUUCUAUGAAUGAUGAUGAAGCAGUCAGCAGCUCCUAUGAAUCCUAUGAUGAGGACGAGAGCAGUAAAGGCAAGUCAGCCCCUCAUCAGUGGCCAUCACCUGAAGCAUCUAUUGAACUUAUGAAAGAUGCCCGGAUCUGUGCUUUUCUCUGGAGAAAGAAAUGGUUGGGCCAGUGGGCCAAGCAGCUUUGCAUGAUUAAAGACAACAGACUGUUGUGUUACAAAACUUCCAAAGACCAUAGUCCACAGCUGGAUGUUAAUUUGGUGAGUUGCAGUGUCAUUCACAAGGAGAAGAAUCUGAGAAAGCAGGAACAUAAAUUGAAGAUCAUCCCCAUGAAUGCAGAUGUUAUCGUCUUGGGUUUGCAAAGUAAAGACCAAGCAGAACAAUGGCUCAGAGUAAUCCAAGAAACAAGUGGUCUCUAUCCAGAGGGGCCAUGUGAAGGAAAUCAGUACGUUCCAGACUUCCAGCGGUUCAAUAAUCCAAAAGUGGAGCCAUCAGAGAGUGGAAGCAACACUGAUGGUCACAUGGAGCUGGUGGAAACAAAAGAUGCUAAGAAGAAAUGCACACCUGGGUUAAAAUUUAGCAACCUGAUGAAUCUUGGGAGAAAGAAGUCUACCUCCAUGGACAGUCCAGAAAGAUCUUUGGAUACCGGCACAUAUUUAAAUGUACUGGUGAACAGCCAAUGGAAAUCCUACUGGUGCCAUGUGAAGGAUGGCCAGCUCCAUUUUUACCAGGACAAAAACAGAAACAAAGCAGCUCAACCAGCUUUGAACUUGGUGGGGUGUGAAAUCAUCCCAGACCCAAGCCCUGACCACAUCUAUUCAUUUCGUAUCCUGCACAAGGGUGAAGAAUUGGCCAUGUUAGAGACAAAGUCUUCUGAAGAAAUGGGCCACUGGCUUGGUGUCCUUUUGUCAGAAUCUGGCUCUAAAACGGAUCCCGAGGAGCUUACUUAUGAUUACGUUGAUGCUGACAGAAUUUCCUGCAUUGUCUCUGCAGCAAAAAACUCAUUAUUCUUAAUGCAAAGAAAGCACUCUGAACCCAACACUUAUAUUGACAACCUGCCAAAGAGAAUGGGAAACCAAGAAGAUCUGUAUGAUGAUGUGGACAUUCCAGAGGCUACUAUGGAUGCUAUGCCUCCAAAUGAAAGUAAAUGUGAAGGAGAACAAGACAGAGUCUAUCUAGACCUCACUCCAAUGAAAUCCUUGCUGCAUGGAGCUACCUCAAAGCAGGGUCAGUCUACUCCUUCGGUGUCUCCACCUUUACAAAGAUCUAUGAGCAAGAGCUCGGUGGACUUUGAGAAAGACUCAGCCAUGGUGCAAAAAGAACCAGAACUAAACAGAAUUGCAAUGGAAAUUCCAGAGCAGAGGCCUCCAGACAUAGAUGAGCUGCCACCUCCAUGGACAGGUACAAUAAAAAUCCAGACACAACAACAGCAAAUUAUAUUUCCUCAGAGUGACCCCAGUGUGGUUAUGGCUGCACCAAAGGAAAAAACAGAAAAGCCCAAAGUGAUGAAUCCAGCCCCUGUAGAAACAAAACUAGGCAAGAAUAGGACAGAAGCUGAAGUGAAGCGAUAUUCAGAGGAGAGAGACCGUUUGGAGAAAGACAAAGAAGAAAUCCGCUCUCAGCUGGCAAAGCUUCGAAAAGAGAAAAGGGAGCUGAAAGAGAUGAUGAUGAACUGCUCAGAUAAGAAUAAGUUGUCUACAAUGGAACAGAAGCUAAAAGAGAUAGAAGAAGAGUGUAAGAAGAAAGAAGAUCAGCGUGUUGACUUGGAGUUAAGACUUGUUGAAGCAAAAGAGAAUCUCAGGAAAGCAGAGUCUGGUCCAGUUACACUUGGCACCACAGUGGAUACCACACACAUGGAAAACGCAAGUCCCAAAAUGAAAGUUGCUAAUCCUACGAAUAACCCAGAAAAUUCACCUGUCAAUUCAGCAGUGGCAUUAAAAAACCGUCCUUUAUCUGUCAUGGUCACAGGGAAAGGAACAGUUUUGCAGAAAGCAAAGGAAUGGGAAAAGAAAGGUGCUAGUUAGGAAAUCCUAGCCUCAAGAAAAGACUGAAGAUUCAAAUUGGUUCUUUGUGGACUACAGAAGCCUACUGCCAGUAGCAAAAAUGUCCAGAUGAAGAAAGCAUGGCAAGUGGGGAACUGUAUCAUACUGUCUGGAAGAAACAAUGGACCUUGGCCAGAUGCCAGCAUGGCCUUCCUUAGACUAAGGCUGUUGCUCCUUUUAGCAGACUUGCACUGUGUAGCUAGGACAGAUAACCCAAAUGGAAACAGUACUUCUAACCUUACUGGUAUCCUGAAACUGUUGCUGUACAUAAGGAAGCUUUUGUCUACUUUUAGUAUGGUGUUUUAUCACUGUACAGUCUAGGAUUUGUCGUUAAAAUGACUUUUAGUUGGACCUGUUUAAUAUUACUGUAGCAUACCAAGGCAUGACAGGAGACAGAGGAGGUAAAGUUGAGCUUCACAUCAGCCAUUUCUUUAGGAGAGAAGUUUUCUUAAUCAAUGGUGCAAAUUUGAAUGAUACUUCUAUGGAAUUCCAAUUAAAUGCAGCUGUUCUGCCCAACAUAACAUCCACAGGAGAAAGUAUUAGGUGCUCAAGUUCAAAGUUCAUCUGGCACACCAACCUUAUUCACCUAAUUUCAGAUUAGGUGACCUAUUGCUCAGCAUAAUGACCUUAUAUGAUCCAUGGAUUUCAACAUGCCAUUUAUUUUAUUAAAUAAUUUUAUUACACCAGUAUGGUAUGAUGGUUAAGGCAUCAGGCUAGAAAUUAGGGGACUGUGAGCCCUAACCCUGCCUUAGGCAUAAGGCCAGCUGGGUAACCUUGGGCCAGUCACUCUCUCAUAGCCCUAGAAAGGAAGCACUGGCGAACCACUUCAUCUUGGCCAGUGGUGGGUUGCCCCGGUUCACACUGGUUCUAUAGAACCAGUAGUAAAACCGGCAGGAAGAUCCGCCCCGACAUCAUCAAAACACUUCUGCACAUGCACAGAAGUUUCUGUGUACGCGGAGAAGAGCGUGCGUGUGGCCCCACUGCAAACCGGUAGUAAAGGUAAAUAGAACCCACCCCUAAUCUUGGCAAGAAAACUGCAAGCAUUAGUUGCCAGGAGUUCAUACUGAAUCAAAAGCACAAAUAAAAAUCUACUUUAUUUACACAGCAAAUCAUAUAUAUAUAUAUGCAAUAUUUGUUUUUCUUUCUUUUAUAUAUAUGCAGAUUUAAUCCACAGGAUACAGGGAUCUGUCCUGAUCCCUGUGCAUGACUAUGAGCUUUACCUUUGGAAAAAUAACACCGAUGAGUUCCUUCUUUAAACACUUGUAGUUGUGCACAUUUAAAGAUGUAAUAUAUAAAAUGUGUCUAAGGCAAGGGAUGAUUCCAGUGCACUUUAGGGACAGUAAUACUUCAAGAUAGGAACUAAGCAUCAGCUACGUGUCUUUGUAUUCUCUGAGGUCAGUUUCAUUGCUUGCAGAAAUGAAUCUAAUGUAAACACAUAAACAUGAUUUGGGGGAGAAAGGAAUUUCACUCUUUUUAAUAAAGAAAGUAUAAUUAGAGCAAAGUAGGAAGAAUCUUAUAAUUAUUUUGCUGCCUGAAGGAAAGAACUACUGUACAAGGAGCCUUUCCACCCUGUAUAAUUCCAUGCAGAAAAACUUAAAUUCUGAUAUGUUGUUGAGUAGCACUGAGGGCAGUAAAUUAGCUUAGGAGGCGUAUAGUGAGUAUACAUGGAGUCAUACAGCAUUAUCUCUUCUCCCUCCACUAUGUUCCUCCAGGGUCUGCUGCUUCAUUGUACAAUAUUGGAGCUGGAUGUAGGAAUUGAUGUAUUAAGUUCAGGAAGAUGCAACAGAAAUUCUCAUUUAAAGUUAGCAUGGAUUCUUCACCGAACAUACCAGAGUCUAUAUUUUAUUCUUGAAUAGGAGUAAUUUUUCAUGAUAUAUGAACAGAAAGCAUCAUUGCUAGGAAGCUACUGUCAGGAAAGUACUAAAACGAUUUAGUGGGCUUUUGAUAUCUGAGCACCAUUCCAGACAAUCAUGAAACUGUGCAAUAGAUGUGCCAUAUUAAUUAUUUGCUUGUUGCAGGAACUACAGACAUCAGGUUUCCCAUUAUGAUGGGCCAAAAGCAUUGCAUUGCCUUGGUAACAAAAGCAUCAUUUGUCACAAAGAAAAUAUCAAGGCUCUAAAUCAGGGGUGUCCAACUUUGGCAACAUUGUGGACUUCAAUUCCCAGAAUUCCCCAGACAAUCACAGGUCUUAAAGUUGCCAAGGUUAGACACCAUUGCUUUAGAUAAUGCUUAUAGCGAUAGAUGUUUCUAUACUGAUUGGCUAGCAUUCAUGAAGUCAGUGACAAUCCUACUGCUCUACCCUGUGCCUGGGUUAUUUUACAGCAUCUUAGCCAGAACUCUUUCUCUUCCGAACUAUAUAUGUGGGCUGCUCCUUCCAUCAGAAGCCCUUUGCUCAUAUAUGUAUACAAUUUCAAUUCUAAGAAUACAUCUAAGGAUUUGACUGGCUUAUCAUAUAUUUAUUUUUAGGCAUCUAAAACACAAAUAUUUCUUGUUGGAUUACAUCAGGAAGUAGUCUGAAAAAGUGGUUGGAAAGUUGGAAUUAGCAGCAGAAAUAAAUCUCCAGCAGUCUUCAACUGUUCAACUGUUGUUUGUAAUCCUGUAUGGUUCUUUGAUAACCUGAAUGACCACAAAUGUAAAUGCUACAGAUGUUUAAGGACUUUGUCAUAUUCAAGUAAGAAUAUCUUUUAGGUUUGCCAUCUAAGUAGCCAUCUAAGGCUACCUAAGGUUAUCUAAGGCUUUGUAUUAGUAUAUGAGAGUGGCAUUUUAUAGACAACGUGCAGAUUUAGGGAUUGCAGGACUGUUUAAAAAAAGGAGAUUGGAUCCAACCAGUUGAAGAAAGACAGGUAGUUCAUUAAUGAAACCUAAGACUGCUCCUGUAUAUAUGCCUCCAGUGCCAGUAAACAGUGUUUUGUGAUGUCUGUAUCACAUGUUAGUGUAAGCAAAUAUUGAUGUGUUAGAGCAGGGCUAUCAAACUCCCGGCCCACGAGCCAGAUGAUCACAUGCUGGCCAUGCCCCCACCCAGUUUAGCAAAGGGCGAAAAAGUCCCGAUACCUUAUGACACCACCGUGACGACAUGAGUUUGACAGCCCUGUGUUAGAGUGAGUUAAAAUGCUGUGAAACUUUGAAGCCCUGACAACUAGAAGCAUCAAUAGAAAAGGUACUAGAGGAGUAGCAACUGACUCAUUUAUUCCACUCAGUUCAAAUAGGUCACUUCAGACCAUAAAGUUGUGUGACUCAACCAAAGUACUAUGGCUGAUUGUGUCAGCCAAAACAGAGGAAUUCAAAUCAGAUCCAAAGCUUUCUUUUAAAUAACUGUAGAACUGUUAUUAUUAUGUUCCUAGCUUUAAAAAAAAACUUUAUUGUACAAGUGUCUUUUUUGUCAGUUGCCAUUUCGGAUAAAUCAUUUUUAAAUAAAAGUGUUGGCUGUA